AUGUUCGUCGCUUCGCUGCUUUCACUGCUCCUCGCCGCCUGCACUGUUGCCGGGUUGCCACAGCAAGCUGCCGAGGACCUGGUCGAGCACGAACGAGCAGCCCUGGUACCAACUUCUUGGAAGCGGAUCCGCUCAGCGACAGCCGACGAUGUCUUGACGCUGCGCAUCGCUGUCAAGAACCAUCAUGUGCUCGACCAAACUCACAUUUUGGCGCGCAGCGACCCCAACUCUCCUUCUUACGGAAAGUACCUCAACGCUGCCGAGCUGAACUCUCUUCUCGAAGAGUCAACAUCCUCCAGCGCACGCCAAGCCUCAUGGGACAGAGUCAAGCGCUGGGUUGGUCAGCAAAACGUCAAGGUCGUCCGAGAAACUGCCCGCGGCAUCGAUGUCAGCCUUUCAGCCCCCGAAGCAGAAUCUCUGUUCCGUACCCGCUUCUCCAUUUAUACCAAAGAUGGUGACGAAACCCCGGUUGCACGUACCGAGGCAUACUCUUUGCCUGCCAGCAUCCGAGACGACAUUGAGUUUGUUUACCCAACCAUUCACUUCUUCCAAGGGGGAAAUUCCCGCGCCCAUGCGCCCAUAUUGGAGCGCCGUCAGCGUAGCCUUCCCCAAGGACCAUUCGAUUGCACCAAGUACAACUGUCCUGUAAACAUAUCGGCCAAGUAUAAUAUAGACUACAUUCCAGAGUCUGCGUCAGCCAGCAAGCUUGCCGUCGCCGGAUUUCUCGAGCAAUAUCCCAGCACUGAGGAUUUGAAGAGCUUCGUCUCAAAAUACGGCCUCGGCAACUCCACCAACCAAGCCCCUUUCACCGUGGUGACCCUCAACGGGGGCAAGAAUCCCGACACGAUCCAAGAUGCCAAGAUCGAAGCACAGCUGGAUUUGGAAUACACCAGCUCCUUCACCGGGCCGCUCAACGUCACCUACUACAUGGUCGGAGGCCGACCCCCGACCCUGAAGCAGCCGGGAAACAUCUCGGUGCCGGCAAACGAGAGCGACCAGGAGCCGUACCUCGAGUUUCUCGACUUCCUCCUGUCUCAGGACGACAUCCCGCAGGUCAUCUCCAUCUCCUACACCGACGACGAGCAGUCCGUGCCGCGGAGCUACGCCGAUCAAGUGUGCGACCGCUUCGGCCUCUUGGCCGUGCGCGGCGUGUCGGUGCUGGUGGCCAGCGGAGACGCCGGAGCCCAGGGCACGCGCUUCAGUGACUGCGUCGGCCCCGCCGGCGAGCCGCGCUUCAUCCCGACUUUUCCCGCCUCCUGCCCGUGGGUCACGACCGUCGGCGCCACGGCCGGCUGGGGCGGCGUCGCCGGUUUCAGCUCCGGGGGCUUCUCAAACUACUACCCGCGGCCCGCUUGGCAGAGCGCCGCGGUCGAGGCGUACCUGCCCCACACGGGCAUCCCCGAGAAUCCCUGGUACGCCUGGAACAGCUCCGGGCGCGGCUACCCGGACCUGACGCUGCUCGGCACCGACUACCUGGUCACCAACGGCGGGUUUACGCAGCCGGUCAAGGGGACGUCGGCCUCGACUCCGGUCGUCGCCAGCAUGAUUGCUUUGCUGAACGACAUCCGGCUGAGAAAGGGCCUGCCUGUGCUGGGGUUCCUGAACCCCCUGCUGUACUCGAGCGAAGUGGCCCAGGGCGGCUUUACCGACAUCACCGAGGGCGUCGUCAAUGGCUGCUCCAGUGCCGAGGCCCAGCAGCCUGGGUUCACGGCCGCUUCUGGUUGGGAUGCGGCUUCCGGGCUGGGUGCACCGGAUUUCGCCAAGUUGAGGAAGCUCUUGACUUGA